GAACAGAAGUGACCACCGCAUAUCUUCUCCCCCCGUGUGCGCCUUUUCGGCAAUGUGCUUGGUUCAGAGUUUCGGAUAGUGGCGAAAGGACUGUUCAGUUUAAAGGAACCUCGAGUUGAUGUUGGUGCGACCGACAAUGAAGCGGAAAAUUCGUCCAAAGCUCUGUUGUGGAUUCGGCAUCAUCCUGCUGCAAGUUUUAUCCACUUGCAAAGCCGAGACCAACUGUACUUCUUUAAAAACAGAAACCAACAACGUUGGCAGAAAUGAAUUUUCGCCUCGCAUGGACUUCAACCAGUGGAAACCAUUGGGACGAGGUGACCCAUUAAAGAACGACCCCACCUAUGAUUAUGUUCCGCCAGUUUUGGAUCAGGUCCAAUAUUGGGUUGAGCCAGCUUUAAGAAAACCAGACUCGCCCAUAAUCGAUGACAGCAAGAAAACUGAAAUACUCCUGCUGGGUGUUGUGUCCAAAAAACCCGCUUCGAUUCCGCCAAAGGCUGACAACAGGCGCGACACUUUCGAUCCUUUCUCCAAAAAGGAUUACAAGCAUAAUCCGCAUCAGCGCAUAUCUAAACCUACCUUCUCAUUUCCUUCGUCAUUCUUUCCAGAAUCUAUACUUAACACUCUGAGUAAGUUUACAUCCAAAAAUGAGAACAAAAACAGCGCUCCUUAUACGGUUUUAAUGCCACCCCCUAUGAAUUUGAAGACGCUUCCGUCACCGAUCAUUCAAUCUUCAAUUCCUCUAAACUUCCAGGAGUUGCAGACUCAAUACCCUCCCUUGUCAUAUGCUUACACCACACCUCCUUCAACAAGUACAAGCUUCUUCCCCAGCAGUUCGUCUGAUGUGUCCAUUGUGCCUUCGCAAUUGGUUUAUCACUCCAGUAGUUUGAGCGACGAAAGUGAAUGGAAAAAUAAGAAUCAGUACGCUACUGUCGCCUCCUCUAUUAGUUGGAGGCCGACCACUUCUAAGCCCUACGUUUCUACCACGAAAAAAUUGGCACCGUUCAGAGAAAAUAUAGUAUUUAAUAAGAAUUUACAACCUCCAGAGUCGUUUAUUCAUAUAGAGUUUUCACCGAGAAAUUACUCAAACAAUCAUUUGAUUGGAGCUGAUAGUAAACAAAAUUUGAACUUUGUUACUCCUCCAGUUUCGAAGAACACCGAUAGUUUACACAAAGGUAGUAUUUCUGAUAAUUCUGGUGAAAUUAAAAAUUCUUAUGUUAAAAUUGAAAAACCCGAAUUUUACUCAACUGAGUUAAGUAGUGACGAUUACGUGAGCAUUAAUACUGCUCCACUUAUAGAGAUUUAUACUCACAUGAAACAUCCUAUUGUAAAUGAAGACUUGGAAAUGAUUAAGAAAAUGCAAACUCUUUUACCUCCUCCAACUACUGAGCGACCGUUUUACAAAGAAGUUGCACCUAAUCCAAUAAUCAAUGCUUUAAUCAAAGAUAGAAUGAAAAGCACCACCAAACAUGGAAAUUUCUUAACGCAAACACCUGUUUUCGUAGUCUCAGGUACAACAACCUCAACCACGACAUCUACUACUACUCCAAAAUCAUUAAUAAGGCAUGAAACAACCGAACCUAGUACGAUUUACGUUACGGAAACAGUUCCAACUACUACAGAAACCUUGACGACAACAACAACCACCACCACAACUUCAGCCCCAACAACCACGACAACUGACCCAUUUUUAAAAUAUUACAAAAACCCAGAAGACAGUUUAAACAGCCCGGUUUAUUUCGUGAUUCAAGGACACAGCAAAGUAAAAACGUACGGACCAACUAAACAGGUGCACGGAAUCAACGUACAAGAAACCAACGAAAUCCUGGACGACGAGACGUCCCAAUACAAAGUCCGACAUUUGCACGGCUUCAAGCCCGAACGAACGGAGGAAAACGUUCGAUUGGGCCGUUCGGGCGACUUGCAAACGUUGAAACACGUAAUCCAGACUGCAUUGGGUUCGAUCCCAAUCGAAGAUUCGAAUCCCAACCGAAGGAUGGACGUGCAGGAAGCCGAACUGCAAUUCGGCUACAACGUGGCAGAGGAAGGAGAAGUUGCGAGCGAAAUGUAUCACAACGGUAUAGUGGAAGAGGCCAGGAAAUUGAAAUUUUGAUGUGAUUCUGUUUAUUACUUUAUUUAUUGUUUAUUGCUACUAUAGAGGCUUUUAGAGUACAAUUAUUUAUUUUUUUUAUUUAAGUAAGGAUGAGCACAAACAUUUUUUAUGUUUUCAAUUAUUAUUGCUUUGGUUGUUUAAAGCACUUUAGUCUUUAAUAUUAUUAUUUUUUUAUUUGUUCUGUGAUAUUCACAAUUCACAAAAAUCAUAUUUUUUUCUUAUAGUAUUUAUUUCUUAGAUGAUUUUGCUUAUA